AUGCCGGCGGCGGGGGGCGGCCAGGCCCGGCCGGGCCCGCCGCGGCACCGGGAGUCCCGGCGGCUGCCGGGGGGACCUGCCCGCCCCGCCGCCCCUCCCGCUCAGGCCGCGGCUCGCCCGGCGGCGCUGGCCUUCGUCACCCUCCUCAGCUUCGCGACCCGCUUCCACCGCCUGCCGGAGCCGCCGCACGUCUGUUGGGAUGAAACUCAUUUUGGGAAGAUGGGAAGUUACUACAUUAAUCGAACCUUCUUCUUUGAUGUCCACCCCCCUUUGGGGAAGAUGCUGAUUGGACUUGCUGGCUACCUUAGUGGAUAUGAUGGUACAUUUCCUUUCCAAAAGCCAGGGGACAGAUACGAGCAGCACAGCUACAUAGGAAUGAGAGGGUUCUGUGCAUUCCUUGGCUCCUGUCUGGUUCCCUUUGCCUACCUCACAGUGUUGGAACUGUCAAAGUCACUGCCAGCAGCCUUACUAACAGCUUUCAUCCUUAUUUUUGAUACAGGCUGUAUUACUUUGUCACAGUAUAUUCUGCUGGAUCCCAUUCUGAUGUUCUUCCUCAUGGCAGCAGUUCUGAGUAUGGUGAAAUGUAACAGCUGUGCAGAUAGGCCAUUUUCUGCCUCUUGGUGGUUCUGGUUGAGUCUGACUGGUGUAAACCUUGCUGGAGCAAUGGGGGUAAAGUUUGUUGGCCUUUUUGUAGUCCUCUUGGUUGGCCUCAACACAAUCUAUGAUUUAUGGGAUUUGCUGGGCAACCUCAGCUUGUCACUGGUCACGUUUGGGAAGCAUUUACUGGCUCGUGCACUCUGCCUCAUCGUGCUCCCCCUUGUCCUCUACAUGGCUAUGUUUGCUGUUCAUUUUACAGUAUUAAAUAAAAGUGGUCCUGGAGAUGGUUUCUUCAGUUCAGCAUUUCAGUCCCAGCUGGUCGGUAACAAUCUUCAUAAUGUCUCCGUUCCAGAGCACUUGGCGUAUGGGUCUGUGGUCACAAUGAAGAACCUUCGGAUGGCAGGGGGAUACCUUCACUCCCACUGGCACCUCUACCCCGAGGGUGUUGGGGCUCGCCAGCAGCAGGUCACUGCUUACUUACAUAAAGAUUUGAAUAACCUGUGGAUUAUAAAGAAACAUGAUUCAGAUACAGCAGAUCUGUCAAACCCUGCAAUCCCUGUGGAGUUUGUGAGGCACGGAGAUAUUAUUCGUCUGGAGCAUAAAGAAACUUCUAGAAAUCUUCACAGUCACCAGCAUGAAGCUCCCCUAACAAGGAAGCAUUUUCAGGUCACUGGCUAUGGAAUAAAUGGAACAGGAGAUUCCAAUGAUUUCUGGCGGAUUGAAGUGGUGGGCAGAAAGGCUGGGAAGCUUAUCAAAGUCUUGCGAAGCCAGGUCCGGCUAACCCAUGUGGCUACAGGGUGUAUAUUGGGCUCUUCUGGAAAGACUCUGCCAAAAUGGGGCUGGGAACAAGUGGAAGUCACCUGCACACCAUACCUGAAGGACACUCCCAAUUCUCUCUGGAACUUUGAAGAUCACAUUAACCCUAGGUUGCCCAAUAUCAGCCUGGAUGUUUUGAAGCCCUCUUUUGCAGAAAUUCUUCUAGAAUCACACAUGGUUAUGAUCCGGGGUAACAGUGGCCUCAAACCAAAGGACAAUGAAGUUACAUCCAAGCCUUGGCACUGGCCCAUCAACUAUCAGGGCCUGCGUUUUUCUGGUGUCAAUGAGACUGAUUAUCGGGUCUAUCUGCUGGGAAACCCGGUGAUUUGGUGGCUAAAUCUGGUGACUAUUGGAUUAUAUCUCCUGAUAGCAGUUUCCACAGCAGUGACCCUGAAGAGAGGUGUCCAACUGACAUCUGAACACAAAGAACUGUCCAGAGUUGUGUUACAUGGCGGCGGGCAGAUCAUGCUGGGCUGGCUCCUUCAUUACCUCCCUUUUUUUAUGAUGGGCCGAGUUCUCUAUUUUCACCACUACUUUCCUGCCAUGCUUUUUUCGAGCAUGUUGACAGGAAUCACCUGGGACACACUACUGAAGUUCUGUGCUGGGUUCUUCUCAUCCAGCACUGUAUCUAGAAAAGUAUAUGGAGGGGGAUUCCUGGCACUGGUUCUGCUCAUUGUGUACAGCUUCUACCUCUUCCAUCCUCUGUCCUAUGGGAUGAUAGGACCAAUGGCCUCUGACCCCAGUAGCCCCAUGGCAGGGCUCCGGUGGAUGGACUCCUGGGAAUUCUAGAGCCAGCAAAGGGAGCCUGGGAACAGUGGAUGAGAAGUGUGAGAAGUGUGAGAAGUGCUGCCUGUCAGGCUGAUUCUGGUGCUUUGGACAGGUGACUGUAAAAUGCCCUCUCUGGAGAACUCUGGAUAUGGUAGCCCUGUUGCUUUAGCAUUUGUUUGCACUGCCAGCAUUGGAAGAUGCAGAGGACAACUGUGAAGAAGUCCUUGUAAAAAGACUCAUUUUUUAAUCCUUAGGUUAUAUUUCUAGACAAUUAACUGCUUAAAUCUCAGUUCUUUUGAGCAAUAGACAUUGGUCAAACAACAGUGGCAUUGCAGCAGUCAGACCACUACAAAUUGGAGGCUGUGUGUAGUUGCAUGUUUGAGUGUGUGUGUAAUCUAAGCACGAUUGCAGUCUGAGAGCCAGACAGUGUCUGAGUCAGUAGGACUUUUAUCAUGAUUAACAACCUUUCUUAUGGUGAGGUUUUUGAAAGCUUCAUGUAAGUGUUUGUAGACCUCCAUUCUACUUUGCCCUGGCUGUCUGUGGGAUUUUUGUUCUGACCCUGAGUUUUUAGAGUUUGACUGAAAGGGAGGGGAUCUGCUUGAAAACCCCAGAGCCAUCGUGCCUUGCCUGUCUCUCCAGCCCUGUGCAGAGAGAGAUGGAGAUUGUUUAUUCCUGUAUACUGCCCUGCUUUCUGGUCACCUUUAGUCAUUUAUAACACUCACCUACCAGGCUUGUGCUCAAAGCCAGACUGUAUCAGCUCAGCACUUUGUAGCUUCUUGGCAGUUCUGUCUCAAACUGCUAAGGAAAUUACAGUGGAAAUAGCAGACAAUUUAUUUUCUUGCCCCAGUAUGUUGUGAAGACCAGCUUCUUGGGGGUGUACUAGAGACUGAAGCAAUAGCUUGGGAAUUUUAUAGACAGUUGUCAUUUAUGUUUUGAUCCCAGCUAUUCCAGUGCUAGUCCCUGGGCUUUUAGAGGGAAGGCUUCAUGUUAAUGAAUGUAUCAUCUGCAAAACUGGCUGUCCAUGCCAUGGUAUCCCUGCACAGUAUUCCAGCAAGUUCUCUCUCAUAGAUUGCUGACCAUCAAAUUACUGUACUGAAGAAAUUGUAAGGCCAGGCAAAAAUUCUUUUGUCUGCUAAGUGUCGAGAGCUGCUGGAUGCUGAAUCCACUCCCUCAAAGAAAGUGGAAUACUAUUUAUCAGGUGCCUUUCUCCUGUGUAAGAGUUUUGUAAGAGCUUUUUGUAAGAAUUCCUUUUAUUCCAUCUCCUAUUCUUCUCCCAAUUUCUAUUUUUCCUUGCAGUUCAAGGUUGCUACCUUGUAGCAUCCAACAUGAAUGACACUUAGACCCUAGCUGUGUUCCUCUCUUGAAGUAAUAUUUGCAAAACUCUUGUGUAUUCUCCAGGGAACUCAAGCCUUUAAUUUCAGAGUUCAUGCUCUGCUUCUCAGCCUUGCAUCAAGGUUACAGGUGCAGGGUGAGCAUUGGCUGUGUCCAUCUUUAAACAUGAAUUGUGCAUUCCUUUCUCAUACCAAACCUUGAAUUCUAGUUUGUUUCCCACACCACACCAAUGUUCAGACCCAAGGCACUGUUCAGUAAGACAGCUGCUUGCUCUUGUAAAGCUCUAGCAUAGUGUGUCAGAUCUCCCUCCAGAAGCUGACUCCUAUAGACACUGAGAUGGUAUGGACCUAUACUUUUGAUAGGCUUUGAGUUAAUCACCUGCUGGUAAUAAAUGGUGGGAUGUCAUUGUGCUAAUUAGCUUCUGGGCUCGAUGAUGCUAUUCCAUUUACUAUUGCAGGAAGUGCUCCCACCUGUAUGAGCUGAGCUAGGGGUUCACAAAUUGUUAAUUUGGCAGCAUGGCAGACAGACAGUGCAGUGCCUCUGUGUACAGUGUGAUUUAGUGUCUUCUGCUCUUGGUGAGGUUAUCGACUUAAUACCAUGCUAUGCUCAAUAUGACUUUUCCCUAAGGUAGUCCUGUUGCCAUGGGGAGGAUUUGGUGAUAUCAGAAGAGCUGAUAAAAUCUGUGAUUUAAAGUGUAGAUCUUUUUCCAGUACAUUGAACCACACAGUUGCCCUUAAUGCUACCAACAGAGAAACCUAAGAAACCUAUGAGUGUUUUGGAAUGACAGUUUCUAACACUCUUUGUUCAUCAGAUUAAAUCUGUGAGAAAGCAAAGGUCAACUCAGUAACCUUGGUAACUUCAGUUGCUAUGAAGGGGUCAGCUUUGUAGGAGCUGCCUGAGGAAGAUGAGCCAGUGUUUUCCUUGGCCAGAGUCCCUCUAUCCUUCAUUGUUAAUAAUCUUUUGGGUGGGGAUUGGCAGCUGAGUUUGGGGAUUGGCCAGAUGAAAGUGGCAAAUGUCAUGCUCCCAUCCCACUGUCCAGCACACAACCCCAGCUUCUGUUCGGCACAGACAAAGAUUUAUUUUUCUUCAGGACUGCCAUUUCAGAAAUCCUCUGAGAGCAUGUGGUUGGCACUGAGACUCAUCUGUUUCAUAAACCUUUUGUGCUGGUAAAGGGAUGGAGGCAUACAGUGAAAAACCCUACUUAUUCCACAAGAGGGAGCAACCUGCAGCAGAAUUUUUUUAUUUAUUUUUAAAAAUCUGAAGUGAAAAGUAUUAAAAACUAUUUAGAGGGCUUAGAGGGCAGACAUUUCCUCUUCACCUUGUGGACAUUAAGAGCUGGGUUUUCAAGUAAGCAUAAAUUGAUGUUGUUCUGUUUUCUUUCAGGAAAAAAAUACUGCAACAUUGUUCUAGUUAGAAUUUGACCUGCAGUAUUUGCUUCACAAAACAAAACCUAUGGCUGUCAAGCCAUAGGUAGCACAUAGUAAUUACCAGUAUUUUGUGAGGUCAUUAAAAUACAGUAAUUGGGAGUCCCUUACUGACUGACUUAAAUGUCUGAGUGGUGCAGAUGUGAGGGUGCAGGACACUCUUUGCUCUCUGAAUAGAAUUUGGGCUGCUUGAGUUCAGUUUUUUUAUUUUUGCUUGUGGAAUGAGUUCAGAUUCAUUUUGAGGAGUGUUUUAGUCCUCUUCCCCAGUCAUGUGAAAAACAGCUAGCGGUGCUCUCUGAGGGCAGUGGAUACAGCUCUCUGGAGCAGCUGCUCUCUUUGAAUUUUGCCCAAAAGGGCUCCUUUUAUCACUAGCAAAGUAUUUCAUCAAACUGUAUUUGUGGAUUCAAAUCUCAAAAAGCUUCAGGCUGACACAUUCCCUGCUUCAAAUCCUUUUUUAUGUGUAAACUGUUUUUACCUCUUUGGAGGGUAGAUAGAAGCCCUCUAGCCUCAUCUAGCUUCAUUCUAGACAAGCCAUCCAUCUUAAAAGGUUUCUAUUAACAACCACUUCAGGACACGGAUACACACAUAGCUGGGACUAUUUCAGCAGCUGGGACUGGCCUAUUUCCAGGAAUUGGGCUACUUAUGCUAUGAGGCACUGAUGUGACUUUGAGGAGGAUUUGAAUGGAAAGUCCUGUUCCAAGGUUGCCAAGAGCAAAACCGGAACCUUGUUACAGAAAGGUAAACAAGUGUGUUAUUUGACAGUUCCCUCCUGUAUCCCUCUGAGAAUCAUUUUCAAGGGAGUUGAGAGUGAACCAGCUGUCAGCACAGAAACACAGGUGUUUACUUGAAAUUCUCCAUUGCCAUGCUUGGCCACUUCCCUUCCAGAGGCUGUGCCUGUGUGACUUACCCUCUGGGGUGGCACUCUGGGCACAAGUACCAUCUGGGCACUGUUUCCUCCUCUCAAGAUCCUACUGGCUAUGUGAAAGUCUCCUUAGUGGUGCUUGUGCCUCUGCCAGCUGGGGAAUAUAGGUAAGUUUUAUUUUUUCUUCCUUAGCAGCAAGUGACCCCAGACACUGGCAAGUGUAUGUGAUGAAAGCAAAAACAUGUGGGGUAUUGGAACAACAGAAGGCUCUUUUCUACUGGGAAAGGAAUGCUGAGGAUAAAAGCACCACCUCCACAGAAUACUUGCCCACUUGAGGGGCUGUGGGCUGCAAGCAGUCAGGACUGAAAAUUGUCUGUCUUCCUUGGAGUACUAAGACCUUGGUUGCAUGGUUGAUUGUGAGCUGCUUUACUUUUUAACUCUCUUAUGCUCUUUACUUGAAUGUCAAGGGCUAUGACUCUCAUAAAUAAUACCUGAGGCAGGGAGCAUACUAGCACAGAAGCCACUACUGCUGAGUUUAUAAUUGGUCUUAAAACUUUGUUUAUUGUGUUUUACAGGGGGCUCUGUUUAGAGCUACCCUUGGAGAACUUGCCCCUGACUGCACAAGGGUAUGGAUCAGCAGUGAGAGGGGUUCUUUUGUAACUCUGUCCUUUAUUCUGAACCUUUCCUACUAAUUCUGCGUGUGUGCGUGUGUGUGUAUCUGUCCAUGAACUGAAUAUCUUCUAACUUAAGUGUAAUUACUGCACCACACGGUGUGGAUGGGAGAAUGUUUCCUUGAGCUAUAAAUGUAUUUUGUACAGGAGACCAUGUAAAAUGAAGUAGAAUUUGGAAUUUAGUUUUGUAAUAAAUGCCUCUUACUUCAA